AAAUAUAAAACAUUUGGACCAAACUGCAAUUAUAAGAACAUUUCAAAACACGACCCCCUUCUUCACUACUCGGCGCCCCGAACCCUAGUUCAUUUCCGCCGCUACGAACACUGCCAGAAGCCGUUCCACCCCCAUUACAGUCCGCUCCCUCCGAUCAAUCACCGCCACGAGAAUCAUUCGCUUGAUCGUCUGCUUCCCCAUCUUCAUUUCCGACUUCUACUCCCAUGGCGAUCGAGAAUCUUUUCAAAGAUGAAGCUACUGAAGAAAAGGGUGAGCGCGCCAGAAUGGCCUCCUUCAUUGGAGCAAUGGCGAUUGCUGAUUUGGUUAAAACAACCUUGGGACCGAAGGGGAUGGACAAGAUUUUGCAGUCUACCGGCAGAGGACAGAGCGUCACAGUCACGAAUGACGGAGCAACUAUCUUAAAGUCCCUGCACAUCGACAACCCUGCUGCCAAAGUCCUUGUUGACAUCUCAAAAGUUCAAGAUGAUGAAGUCGGUGAUGGAACCACUUCAGUAGUUGUUUUAGCUGGAGAGCUCUUGAGGGAGGCGGAGAAGCUGGUGAACGCCAAAAUUCAUCCAAUGACUAUUAUUGCAGGGUACCGCAUGGCUUCUGAAUGUGCGAGAAACGCAUUGCUGGAGAAAGUGAUUGAUAACAAACUGGAUGCAGAGAAAUUCAAAGAAGACUUGAUGAAUAUUGCGAGGACUACUUUGAGCUCCAAAAUUCUCUCCCAGGACAAAGAACAUUUCGCAAAAUUAGCUGUUGAUGCGGUUAUGAGGCUGAAGGGAAGUACAAAUUUGGAGUCGAUCCAAAUCAUAAAGAAGACUGGAGGUGCACUAACAGAAUCAUUCUUGGAUGAGGGUUUUAUUUUAGACAAAAAGAUUGGUGUUGGCCAACCCAAACGAAUUGAGAAUGCAAAGAUUCUGGUAGCAAAUACUGCAAUGGACACAGACAAAGUGAAAAUUUACGGGGCACGUGUUCGGGUCGAUUCGAUGGCUAAGGUUGCUGAGAUCGAAGUAGCUGAAAAGGAAAAGAUGAGGGAGAAGGUGCAGAAGAUUAUCGGUCACGGAAUAAACUGCUUUGUUAACCGACAGUUGAUCUACAAUUUCCCCGAAGAGCUAUUCGCUGAUGCCGGUGUGCUUGCAAUAGAGCAUGCUGAUUUUGACGGCAUUGAGCGGCUGGGUCUUGUUACUGGCGGUGAAAUUGCGUCGACAUUUGACAAUCCGGAGUCUGUUAAGCUCGGGCACUGUAAACUUAUCGAAGAAAUUAUGAUCGGGGAGGACAAGUUGAUCCACUUCUCUGGCGUUGCAAUGGGUCAGGCAUGUACUAUUGUACUGAGGGGAGCAAGCCCUCAUAUGCUGGACGAAGCAGAAAGAUCUCUGCAUGAUGCACUGUGUGUGCUGUCACAGACGGUAAACGACAGCAGGGUUUUAUACGGAGGUGGAUAUCCUGAGAUGGUUAUGGCAAAGGCAGUCGACGAACUUGCCAAGAAAACCCCGGGAAAGCGAUCUCAUGCCAUUGAAGCAUUUUCACGAGCACUUGUGGCCAUUCCGACCACCAUUGCAGACAACGCGGGUCUGGACAGUGCUGAAUUAGUCGCCCAGCUUCGCGCAGAACACCACAAGGAGGGAAGCAAUGCUGGGAUCGAUGUCCUCACUGGAUCUGUGGGAGAUAUGGCGAAGCUUGGUAUAUCCGAGGCGUUCAAAGUGAAGCACGCUGUACUGCUAUCUGCAACGGAAGCUGCUGAGAUGAUCCUAAGGGUUGAUGAGAUCAUCACUUGUGCCCCACGAAGGAGAGAAGACCGUAUGUGAAGGCAUAUCAUUGACCACUGCAACUUAAAGAUUCUAUUUCGUUUUAUUACAUCGUUUGGUGCGUAGAAUCUUUUAAUUAUCCAUCGUGGUUUGAUUUUUGGAUUGUCUUGAAAAAAUUGAGAAUAUGCUACUGCUGUGAUGUGGCAUAUCAGUUUUGUAUGGAGUUUAAACAAAGAUUCGUUCAAUUUUAAUUCGUCGCAGAAUAUCGUUUGUAUCGUAAACAGUAGGUUUUAUAACGGGUUUGUAUUCGUUGAUUGUAGAAUCUAUCUCCUGAUAAUUGCUUGUUGGUGUUGAAAUUUUCAUUCGUUUGUUG